AUCCUCCGCGUGCGGCCGCCGCAUUUCCCUAGCCCCUUGCGCCACCACACAACCCACCCGGCGGAGGAGAGCCUCUCGGCGGCGGAGAAGAUGGUGUCGCUGAAGCUGCAGAAGCGCCUCGCCGCCAGCGUCCUCAAGUGCGGCAAGGGCAAGGUCUGGCUCGACCCCAAUGAAGUCAGCGAGAUCUCCAUGGCGAACUCCCGCCAGAACAUCAGGAAGUUGGUUAAGGAUGGUUUCAUCAUCAGGAAGCCUCAGAAGAUCCACUCCAGGUCCCGUGCAAGGAGGGCGCAUGAGGCCAAGCAGAAGGGACGCCACUCUGGAUAUGGUAAGCGCAGGGGUACCAGGGAGGCUAGGCUCCCCACCAAGAUAUUGUGGAUGCGUCGGAUGCGGGUUCUGAGGCGCCUGCUCCGCAAGUACAGGGAGGCAAAGAAGAUUGAUAAACAUAUGUAUCAUGAGAUGUAUGUUAAGGUCAAGGGAAAUAGCUUCAAGAACAAGAGGGUGCUGAUGGAGAGCAUCCACAAGUCAAAAGCUGAGAAGGCGAGGGAGAAGACCCUCUCUGAUCAGUUCGAGGCCAGACGUGCGAAGAGCAAGGCGAGCAGAGACAGAAAGCUUGCUAGGAGGGAGGAGAGGUUGGCCCAGGGCCCGAGGGAACCUGCAGCACCAUCAGCAGCUGCUCCAGCUCCGUCUGCAGUGGCACCAAAGAAGGCGAAGAAGUGAAGGGUUGAUCCGAAGCCUUUAGCUUUCUAGUUCCAUGACUAGCCUAUAAUUUUGGAGCACCUAUGUACUGUUUUUUGUCAUAUAUCCAAGUUGUGUGUCUUGAUAUGUCGAAUAUCAUAUCUUCAUAGCUCAGUUUGGUUGGAUGGAUAAUAUAGUAGACUUAUUUAUGCAGUGUUUUCGUUGCAAGGUU